GGGGCAGACCUUGAACCGCUGCUCGGCUUCAAGAUGGCGGCCCUGGCAACGGCUGUGGCAGCGGCGGCGUCCGGCCACCAACAGAGUGAUAGCUGCUUCAGCACUCCAGGUGCUCGUCAACACUUUCCGUUUCAGAACUGGAAGAUAAAAGCUGAACAAGUUAAGAAAGUUGAAUUCAUAAGAACAGCAGAGAAACUGAAAAAUCAACUUGCAACUAUAGAAAAAGACAAAAAUGGCCAUCUCUACAGUAAGAAGAGUGAUUUCAGGAUGGAAUACAGCACGCUGGAAGAACUGGAACGUAAAAUGACCAACGGCAGAAAAGCUGAAAGAGCUAAAAUUGAGCAACAACUAUCAAAAAUACAUCAUAACGUUAAGAGACUUCAGUGCCAGUUAAAAGAUGUAAAGCCUACUCCAGAAUUUGUUGAAAAGCUCCGAGAAAUGAUGGAAGAAGUUGAAAAUGCAAUAAAUGCUUUUAAGGAAGAGCAGAGACAAAUAUAUGAAGAACUUCUGAAGGAGGAGAAGAUUGCUACUAAUGAGCUCAGUGCAUUAGAGAAAAAAAUUGAGAUGUGGGCAUUUGGUAGCACAGCAGCAGAAAGGGUUUUCCGAAUUCCAUCAGGUAAGAUUUCAAUGGAUAAAACGCUACAAAAUCAUCUGCCUGAAGAAGUAGUAGAAUUUGAAAAAUUUCUUCAGCAGUCAGGAGGACGACAAGGAGGCUGGGAUGAUUAUGAUCAUCAACUCUUUUUGCAAAUAUGGACAAAACAUAAAGGAAAGGCAUCCUACAUAGAUGAAGUUCUUGAGUGUCUCUCUGGAAGGACAAAAGAAGAUAUUCUACAGCAUGAGGAAUGGUAUCGAGAAUUCCAGAUAUUACAGGAAAGAAAAAAAGAGUCUAUCCAAAAGUGGAAAAAGAAGAAGCAACAACAAAAAGAUGAAAUCUUGAAGCACAAGGAGAAGUCAGAGGAAAUUCUAAGGACAGCACAUCUUCAACAUGAUGAAGUUCAGAAACAGAAAGCAGAGGAGGAAAGAAAAAUGCGACGAGCAGCAAUUGAAGCAUGGAAACAACAUAAAACAAUUGAAUUUGCAAUGAAGCAAGCAUCUAAAUUGAAAGAAGAAAUAGAGAAGCAGAAGAAACAGGAAAAAGAGCGCCAGCGCCAGUUCCAGUUGAAGCUAGUAUUAGAAGAAUACACAUUACAGAAGAAGGAAAAGGAGGAGCUCCAGAGGCUUGAAAAGGAGAAGAGAGAGGAGGCAGAAAGGGAAGAGAAGAAGAGAAUUGCUGCAGAAGGAAUUUCUAAGUUUCAAGAGCGAGAUCUGAAUAAACUUGAGCUCAAGAUGCUAGAAAAGCAAGUUAAAGAAGAGGAAAAACUAGAAAAAGAAAAAAGAUUAGCAAAAUUAAGAGAGAAGGUUGAAGUUCAUGUAACCAGAGACCCAUCCAGAUUGUACAAACCUACAAAGGGUUGGGAGGAACGUACAAAAGAGAUUGGUCCCACUGGUGCAGAGCCACUUUUACACAUUCCACAUAGAGCUAUUCCAACCUGGAGACAAGGUUUAUAGCUGAAUAUUUGUGUAUAACGUAUACAGGAAGAUGGUUUACAUGUUAUCAUAAUGGCCAACCAUGUGUUCAAAAGUUUUCAUAAAGGAAGAAAGAAGAGUAAGAGUAUUGUUACAUGAGUUUUGAGUUUGACUGCUUAAUAUUUUGUCAUGUUAGCAAUGGUAUGUGAUACCAUACGUUAUGGUAUGUAUUUUCAGUUUGAUAGAAGUACCAAGUGUCAUGGCCUUCAUAAUUUCAUAAAUAGGAACAUUAAAUUAUCCAACUUGUAUUAAAAAGUGUUGGUAGAUGACUUUAUAGACUAUCAGUUAGUAUAGCAAACUUGCUUUUUUCACAUGUUGUGUACCACAGACCAGGAGCUGGCAAUGGUUCACAGUGAGGAGAGAUUAUCCAGGUCAGUCUAAGGCAUGCCAGCCCUUCUGACUCGGCUGCCACACUGAAGCCCUGGGUCCCCUCUUCUCCCACCACCCCCUGUUUUUGCCCCCUCCGUCACAAACUGAAAGGUCACAGAAGUUUUGGCUUUGCAGGCCAUAAGUUGCUGACUCCUGCCAUAGAUUUCAUAUAUACAAUAGUCACUUGAUAAAGCAGUGGAAGCAAUAAUACUUUUGACCAAGGAAGGGGCUUUUUCUCAGUUUCUUAAAGUUUUCUGUUUCAUAUUCUAAUUUUUCAAUUAAUUUGAACUGGUUUCAAUAUAUAUCUUAAACUGGUUUAUGUGUAAAUUCUGUCCCUAGCCACUGUAACUCUAAGAUAUGCAGUUACUGUGCUUAAUUAUAUUACACAUCUAGGUUAAGAGUAUAAGGGCUGCAAAGUCAAACAUUAGGAAAUACCAAAACUAAGGUUAUUCCUUUCCCUUGAGUAUUGUCAUACCUAGGAUCCGUGUAACAUUCAAUGCAUGGGAUGGAUCUGAAGAUGAAUUGGACAGGAGUUGCAUUGGUGGGGGUGAGGAGCAGUAAGUGAUUGUUUAACUAAAAACUGCAUUAUGAUGCAAACAAUUAAGCAGACCAAAUUUAGGAAUGCCAGAAUUCAGCUUGCCUAUGCGUAUCUUGACUCAAAUUAGGAAAUGCUUACCAACCUUAAACUUACAUUUCACUUCAUGUAUAAGAAAGAAUGCCUAGUGUUUUUAAGAAAUGGACUGAAUUUUUGACAUGCAUACAAGUUUGAGCCCCACUGGUGAACAAUAGAGUGUUCCUUCAAAUUUCUGGUACUUGAGCUAAUGUAGCAACUGUUAGUGGGGUGUCAUCCUUUAUCUGUAUCAAAAGAAGGUCUCACAGCUAUUUGCUGCCAGCCCAGUAAAGGUGAGACUGGAGUUCUUGUUUUCUAUACGAAGGUUUGGAAGGGAAUGCAGUCUGGACAGAGUUUUCUGUACACUUGCUUUUUUUGUAAUAUUUAUUAAUUUACAAAUAGUUUAGACAUACAAGAUUUAACAAAGCUCUGUCAAAUGAACUGUAAGGGAAGAGAUGGAGGUGAUGAUCAACAGUCUUUUAAUCUGUUGUUCUAAGCCAGGGAUGUCAAAUUUACCUGUCCCCACAGGCCAGCUGAAUGAUAUGAGAUUAUCCAUGGGCCAAAUGAAUGGUAUAAGGCUGGCACCAUGGGCCAGCCCACAGAUCACCCCUCUCCCACCCUGCUCCUUCUCUGGGACCUGGUAGAAAAAGGCCUGGUAUCCUGGGCACUUGGCGGCUGCUGCCACAGGAACAAGCCACAGCAUCAGGGCUCUUCCCACUGGGGCUUCAGCGCUGCAGCUGUUGCUUGGGUGCUUGGCUGCCAAUGGGAGCAAACUGUGAUGUCAGGCUUCAUCCUGCAAUGCUUCUGGGGCUCCAGCACUUGCCUGGGCAUUUGGCUAUAGCCAAAGGAAUGCCUGUUCUUCCCCCAAUCUCUGCCCCAUCAAAGCUGUGGGCCAGAUGACCCAGAUCUACAGGCUGUAUGUUUAACAACUUUGAUCUAAACUAACAGUUGAGGAUUUGCUGGCAUUGGAGAAAGUCUCAAAUGAAAUGCCUUGUUAAGAUAAUAUUCUUCAAGUUACAUUUGUUUUUGCAUUUUCUAUUGUGGUCAAAUAUGUAUUUAUCUGGUCCUUUUUGGAGGGGGAGAGGGGGGUCCUCUGGUCCUUUUUGGAGAGGGGGCAGAAAACUAUAGAUACAACUUCUACUUGUCCAGGGACAUCUUAGUUUACAGCAGCAGUUAGCAACCUAUGGCUCUCAGACCUUAUCUGAGCCAUUUGAAUCCAGCCUGUGGAUGUGGGGCUUUGGUUGUGUUUAGCGGUGGGGGAUGUUGGCUGCAGGAGCUCUUCCCCUGCAGAGGCAUGAUAGGGUCCUAAUUACCUGCCUGUCUACAAAAAGACAGGAAAAGGCUGGGAAAGUUUGCCUACCUCUGAUUUAAAGCAUUAACAUGAGAAUGUUUGAAUGGGGUGCAAAUUCAGGUAUAUCAAAGUGUUCAGUAUAUUAGGGCAGAAAAGGCCAACUCUUCUAUUCAAGUUAGUAAGCUAUAUUCUAGCUUUUCCAUGUUUAAAGUUUGCAUUGCAGCACUAGGAGAUUUUGAAAUUAGGUUCUGAAUUGGAUGUACUACAUCUCAUAAAUGCUGCGUUUUUAAAUAAAAGCCAUUCUACAUC